ACCUUCUGCAGUAUUAAUUUACUGACAACAGUGAAUCAAGCAAAAUGAAGACAGCUAUCGCUUUAAUUCUAUUCGUUGCGGGACUUGCAACCGUUGAGCCACAUGGCUUCGUCCGAACUCCUUUGUCCAGAACAUCCAUUUUCCGUGAACCAAGCUGGGGUGCACAACAGCCCUUCUGGUGGGACGACACUGGCGUUUGGUGCGGUAAUGUUCAGCAAGAUCAGCAAUACAGCACUUGCGGCCGUUGCGGAGAUGCUCCAGGAAACUCUCAUGCUGCUCAAGGUGGCAGAUACGACAAAGGAAUUGUAACUGGAACCUACAAUGCCGGCCAAAUCGUCGACGUCACAGUCGAAUUCACUGCCAACCACCGUGGUCACUUUGAAUUUGACUUGUGCCCACAAGUGACUGAAACCAACACUUGCUUCCAAAGUCUCAACAUUGUGGGAGGUGGCAGGGAAAUCCGCAAUGGAAACAGAAUGUGCUCAGGUGGAGAUCAUCAGAACGGUCCAGUUGUUGCCCGCGUUCAACUCCCAGCUGGAGUCAGAUGUACCAGAUGCACACUCAGAUGGACAUACAGAACCUCAUAUCCACCAGCACCCGAUGCAUGCUUCCAACCGAACCCUACUCAAACCUUCAGAAACUGCGUUGACAUCAGAAUCAACUAGAUUAUAAUUUGUUGUUGACUGUACGAUGUAUAAUAUAACCAAAUAAAGCAAACCAAGCAAAU